AUAUAAAACUCCUUUCUAAUUAGCUCCAUUAUAAAGCUAAGCUAACUACACAAAUCUCUGUCAAACCGAGUAUUUUUUAGAUUCAUACAUUCAAAUAUAAUGUAAAAACCUCUACUCUCUUUUUCUAUUCUUUCUUUUAUGCCAUAUAGUGGGCGGAUUAUAUAAUUUUGUUUCAAAUUUUCAGUGACAAUAGUUGUUGUUAUAAUAAGUUAGACACGAUUUCUCAUCUGUUUUAUAUAAAGAUUUGAUGGCUGGGAACUACCCUCCGUUCCAAAAUCCAAUCCCUAGAUUCCAAAAUUACAACUUUGCUAGCAGCUCAUCUCAUCAUCAAAAUCAUGAUGGUUUAGUGGUGGAGGAUCAACAACAGGAAGAAAACAUGAUGAUAAAAGAACAAGACAGGCUACUUCCGAUAGCAAACGUAGGAAGGAUCAUGAAGAACAUUCUCCCACCAAAUGCAAAGAUCUCUAAAGAAGCAAAAGAGACUAUGCAAGAAUGUGUCUCUGAGUUCAUAAGCUUCGUCACUGGAGAAGCCUCCGAUAAAUGCCACAAGGAGAAGAGAAAGACCGUCAAUGGAGACGAUAUCUGUUGGGCUAUGGAAAAUCUAGGGUUUGAUGAUUACGCCGAGCAGCUAAAGAAGUACUUAAAUCGUUACCGAGUUAUUGAAGGUGAGAGGGUCAAUCAACAUGGCAAAGGAGGACCUAAAUCCUCACCUGAUAAUUAAGUUGUCCGUGUCUGAUUGUUUGAUUUCCUUUUUAUGUGCGAUCUUGUUUAGUUCUUUGACCAGCUUCUUUUUUUUUUUUUUGCUAAAAAUUUGACCAGCUUCUUCUUCCAUUAUAUAUGGCGAUCUAUUUAUUAUAUAUAAUAUAUAUAUAUAGUUCUACAUAUAUGAUUGUAUAAAAUGCAUCUAUGGUUUGAGGCUGUGAAGAAAUGUGUGUAGUUUUUCCUGAUUUUGUUAAUUUUCACUGUGAAAAUUAAAGGGUGCUUUUAAAUUUU